UCUGAACGGAUAUUCCAUGGUAGCUGAGAAGGGAUUUAUUUGCAAUUAUCCGUGCUGUUGUCUCAGCCGAUUUAAAGAGAUCAUCUAUAGCUGGGUAUUUAAUGAAUUCCCCUCCUUUGUGGCAGAAGACAGCCGGCGCUUCAUCUCCCAGGAAACAGGCAAUCUCUACAUCUCCAAAGUGCAGCUAUCUGACGUGGGCAGCUAUAUCUGCCUGGUGAAGAACACAGUGACCAACGCCAGAGUCCUUAGCCCUCCUACGCCGCUAACACUUCGAACUGAUGGUGUGAUGGGGGAAUAUGAGCCGAAAAUUGAAGUCCAUUUUCCAUAUACAGUUACAGCUGCUAAGGGAUCUACUGUUAAGAUGGAGUGCUUUGCACUUGGCAACCCAGUUCCAACAAUCUCAUGGAGGAAAGUUAAUGGCCCCAAUCCAAGCAAAGCUCGCCUACGGAAGUCCCAAGCAGUUCUUGAAAUCCCAAAUGUGCAGCUGGAAGAUGCAGGGACAUAUGAGUGCAAGGCCGAAAACUCCCGUGGAAGGAAUGUCUUCAGGGGACAGCUGCAAGUAUACACAUACCCACAUUGGGUGGAGAAGCUUAAUGAUACCCAGUUAGACAGCGGAGAUCAGCUUCGAUGGGAGUGCAAAGCGACUGGAAAGCCAAGACCCACUUAUCGCUGGCUCAAAAAUGGAACACCUCUCUGGCUAGAGAGCAGGAUUGAGAUGGUUAAUGGUGUACUGCUGAUCCACAGUGUCAAUCAAUCUGAUGCUGGAAUGUACCAGUGUGUAGCAGAAAACAAGCAUGGAGCCAUUUAUGCCAGUGCCGAGUUGAGGAUUUUAGCUUCCGCUCCAGCUUUCCUCCCAAGUCAACUGAAGAAAACAGUAAUCGUAACCAGGGGCCAGGAAGUUGUCAUCGAGUGCAAACCGCAAGCGUCUCCCAAACCAACCAUCUCUUGGAAUAAAGGAGACAAAGCAGUGAGAGAAAAUAAAAGGAUAACUGUUCUUCCAGAUGGGAGCCUGAGAAUCCUGAAUGCCUCCAAGUCUGAUGAGGGAAGAUAUGUGUGCCGAGGAGAAAACGUAUUUGGUUCUGCAGAAACAGAAGCUUCAGUCUUUGUUAAAGAGCCUACCAAGAUAGACCUGUCUCCUAAGAGGACCGAGCUAACGGUGGGAGAAAGCAUUGUCCUCAGCUGCAAAGCCAUUCAUGACCCCACCUUAGAUGUCAUGUUCCACUGGACUCUGAAUGGGCAGCCUAUCGAUUUUGAGAAAGAAGGAGGACACUUUGAAAGCAUCAGGGCGCAAGCAUCCUCUGCCGAUUUAAUGAUCAGGAACAUUCUUCUGAUGCAUGCUGGGAGAUAUGGCUGCAGGGUACAGACUACAGCAGACAGUAUAUCAGAUGAGGCAGAACUUCUUGUUAGGGGCCCACCAGGGUCUCCUGGGAUUGUGAUUGUUGAGGAGAUCACAGAAACCACAGCGACACUUUCAUGGACUCCUGGGGCAGACAACCACAGUCCCAUCACCUCCUACAAUCUUCAAGCCCGAAGUCCAUUUUCACUUGGCUGGCAAACUGUGAAAACAGUUCCAGAAAACAUCAGUGGUGACAUGGAGUCUGCCAUGGCUGUUGAAUUGAACCCGUGGGUGGAAUAUGAGUUUAGAGUUGUAGCAACUAACAAAAUUGGGACCGGAGAUCCAAGUGCACCAUCUAGAGUGAUCCGGACCAAGGAAGCAGUUCCAAAGACAGCUCCUGCUAAUGUAAGUGGCAGAAGUGGAAGGCGGCAUGAAUUAGUAAUAGCAUGGGAGCCAGUUUCCGAAGAGUUUCAGAAUGGAGAAGGCUUUGGUUACAUUGUGGCUUUCAGGCCCAACGGGACAAGAGGCUGGAAGGAAAAGAUGGUAACCUCUUCCGAUGCUUCCAAGUUUAUCUACAGAGAUGAGAGUGUGCCACCCCUGACUCCAUUCGAAGUGAAAGUUGGAGCUUACAACAACAAAGGAGAUGGGCCGUUCAGCCCUAUUGUAGUCAUCUGCUCUGCCGAGGGAGAACCCAGCGCAGCUCCUACUGAUGUCCAGGCUACAGGGUUGUCUGUUUCAGAGAUUCUUGUUGCAUGGAGACAUAGUAAGGAAAGUCUAGGAAGACCUCAGGGAUUUGAGGUUGGUUACUGGAAAGAUAUGGAACAAGAGGAAGCAGCUGAAAAGGCCAGGACGGAAGGAAAUGAAUCGUCCAUCAUUCUGACAGGGCUUGAAGGCAACACAUUAUACCACCUGAGAGUGAAGGCGUACAAUGCAGCAGGGUACGGGCCACCCAGCAGUGCAGUCCGUGCUGCCACCAAGAAAUCUCCUCCUAGUCAAGCACCAAGCAAUGUGAUGUGGAUACAGGAUGGUUCCCAUGUGUCCCUGGGAUGGGAACCUGUUAGACCUUUAGCAAAUGAAUCGGAUGUCAUGGGAUACAAGGUCCUGUUUAGGCAGGAAGGUCACAGCAACAGUCAAGUCAUUGAGACACAGAAAACGUCUGCAGUGGUGCUUCUCCCUGAUGUAGGUGUCUAUAUCAUAGAGGUCCGUGCUGUCAGCGAAGGAGGGGAUGGAACACCGAGCUCCCAAAUCAGGGUCCCAUCGUUUUCAGGUGGAAAAGUCACAAGUUCUCAGUCAAGCCUACGUGCUUUCUCCACUUCGUCAUCAACUGUGACGUUCCUUUUGGUACUGAUGGUUCCUUCAACCUCAUGGUGAAGACGGACUGUGGACCUUUUGUCAUUCAUCUGUUUGAUAGCUUUUGCCUGAUAACAUCAAUGGAUGGAGUUCGAAGUCCAUGGAGGACGCAGAAGGUGAUGAGCUAAUAGUCAAAGGCACGCAGAAAUACACAUGAUCCACCAGGAAGAUUGUUGUGGGUGGGAAAUAAUGCUAAAAUAAUUCAUCAGGUUUCUUCUCUUCAUUUUUUUUUAUUUGCCAAUGUCCUCCGUGAGGGAGGGGAUGUUUAUUGCCCAACAGAAAAUAUUCAGACUGUGUGAAAUGAACUUUUGUAAGCAAAUGAAAUUUCUCUGAUGAAUUUUAGUUUACUUUUCUAUUCUGUUUCUAUAUUAGAGGACGCCAGUCUUGUAUCAUUAGUAGUUUCAAUUGUGCUGUCUAGUAGAGUACAUCUAUUUUGUUUGAGUUGCUAUGGGUUUUUUUUUAAAAAAAGAAAAAAGUUUGAUAAAUACUUGGAGUCUAAUGAGUUUCUCUCUCAUCACCCCUUCCCUCUUUUCAUAAGUCUUUCUUUUUUUCCAAAUUGACAAGGCAUGAUGACACAAGUUACAUUAUGUGGCCCCUUUUUCUAAGUCAUUGUAGAUGUCACCUUUUGAAAAAAAAUGAACGAUGCCACGUCA